CGUAUCUACCGGACAUUUGCCUGCAGACUACAGCCAAUCACCUCUUCACCUACCUACCUAUGGCAUAUUCAGCCUGCCUUAUCCAACUCACCUGUCUAUCCCAUUACCAAACUUGAUAAGUGCUUCUGCCUACUUGUAUCCCAGGAACUAGAAUCUUUUCACCUCUAGAUAAACGCCUGCGUAAAUUAUCUUCCUACUCGCCUUGAUAUUCUCGCUAAGCCUCGCCUACGCUAGACGGCAUGAUGAACUCCCGACAGGCUUAUGCCCCCAUGCCCCAUAGCUAUGUUCCUAAUACUGCCCUUUCCGCUACGAUAAAUCUAGACGAGGAAGUGACCCUAGCAGACACUCGUGCUGAGAGGGACUUGCAGGACUCUCUCGCCGAGCUCUUUUCGAUUAUUGUCACGCUAGACGAACUGGAGCGGGCGUUUCUAAAAGACGCCAUCCCCGAAGCCGACUACACCGAGAUCUGCGAGCGGUCUCUAAAGCAGUACAAGUCCAUCUUGACAGACGAGACUGUAGCCAAGGCAUUUGUCGGCUUGGAAGAAUUCAAAGCCGAGUGGGAUCUCGAAGUCCCUAGGGCUACAGAGAGACUGAGGGUUGGUAUGCCAUCCACCACCGUCACUGCCUCGACCGGGGCGGUUCAGCAAUCUGCGCCAGCUAGCAAUAAAUCUGGUACCCUUAUCUUGGAAGCGACGCAAGAUUUCAUCACUUUCUUAGAUGCCUUGCGUCUAGGGCUCCUAGCCAAGGAUCAGUUGCAUCCCCUCCUUACCGAGGUCAUCCAGAGCGUAAACAAGGUCACGGACCGCGACUUUGAGAGUCGCGGGAAGAUAGUACAGUGGCUGAUCACAUUAAAUCAAAUGAAGGCGGCCGAUGAACUGAGCCUGGAUCAGGCGCGGGAGCUCGAGUUGGACAUCAACUCUGCGUAUUUGGGGUUCAAGAAUACACUGAAUUGAGGUGUUUCGGUAAGCUCCAACCAAUCGUCGUUCCAAUAAUAGCAAGCCACAUUCAAGACACGGUUUUUGGUUCUCCGUUGGCGCUACGCUGGCUGGAAAUAAUAUCUACCAGACCUGGAUGACAUCGUGCACGGUGAGUGCACCUACACACGUAGGUACGUGUACGAUGGCGGGCGGUAACAUCCAUAUACCCCUACGACGGAUUGCUAUCGAUGUUCAUGUCCUGAUGUUUUCGAUCGGCGGACUGGAUACGACAGUCUCGCUAUCAGCUUAUCCCGUAUUAC